CCCGCCGGGGCUAGGGCUCUGGCUCCCCGGCAUUUAAAGGGGACGCGGCGGCGGCCCCGGGGAUGGGGAGCAGGUGGAAGGGACGGAAGAGAAGCACAUCAUCCACGGUCCAUUGGGACUGGAGGGACGGGUGAGCCGGAGCUCAGAAAUCCGGGGGUGGAUAAGACCGCGUCCCCCCAAUUCCCGAGCUGUGGAUAACAGUUUGAGACCAGCAAAGUCUCCGGAAGUAGACGCUCAGGAUAAUACACUGACAAUGAGCGGGUGUUUUCCAGCUGUUGGCCUACGGUGCCUGUCUAGGGUCUUGGAUGUGCCAGCGAUCCUGGCUGUGGCCUGCUAACCAGACUCUCCCCGGCCGGCUCCCGCCGCGCCGCCUCUCGCUUGUCCCCUCCUCCUGCUCCUCUUCCCCCUGCUCCCAGGACGUGAGGAUGGCUGCGCCCGGCGCACCUCGCUUCCUCCUGACCUUCGACUUCGACGAGACCAUCGUGGACGAAAACAGCGACGACUCGAUCGUGCGCGCUGCGCCCGGCCAGCAACUACCUGAGAGCCUGCGUGCCACCUACCGCGAGGGCUACUACAAUGAAUACAUGCAACGCGUCUUCAAGUACCUGGGUGAGCAGGGUGUACGGCCGAGAGACCUGCGCGCUGUCUACGAGACCAUCCCCCUGUCGCCGGGCAUGGGUGAUUUGCUGCAGUUCGUAGCCAAACAGGGCUGCUUCGAGGUUAUCCUCAUUUCGGAUGCCAACACCUUCGGAGUGGAGAGUGCCCUGCGUGCCGCUGGCCACCACGGCUUAUUCCGCCGCAUCUUCAGCAACCCGGCCGGGCCCGACGCUCGAGGACUGCUGACGCUGCGGCCCUUCCACACGCACAGCUGCUCGCGCUGCCCCGCCAACAUGUGCAAGCACAAGGUGCUCAGUGAAUACCUGCGUGAGCGGGCCCGCGACGGCGUGCACUUCGAGCGCCUAUUCUACGUGGGAGACGGUGCAAAUGACUUCUGCCCCUUGGGGCUGCUGGCAAGCGGGGACGUGGCCUUCCCAAGGCGCGGCUACCCCAUGCACCGCCUCAUCCAGGAGGCACAGAAGGCUGAGCCCAGCUCCUUCCGCGCUCACGUGGUGCCCUGGGAAACGGCCGCCGAGGUGCGCCAACACCUGCAACAGGUGCUGAAGAUGUAUUGAAGACCAUCACCUGCCAGGGGAACUCGGGGAGAGCCGGCGGCGGAGACAGGGCAGGAUUGGGAAUUGCUUAAGACCACCUGGUUUUCUUCCUUCUUCCCCUUCGCUUUGCUACGCUCCUCUGGGCAUUUCUGGAAUUUUGUCCGCUUUGUGGGCUGGGAGCGGAGGUUAAGCGCCGUCCCUAAUCUAUGCAGUUAUCGCAGCUCGGCUGCCUCCCCUCCAGGGAGUGGUGAGCACCCCUUGGAAGGCAGGCAGUGUCCCUUGAACUGAGGGGAAGGGGCUCCUGGCAGUUGGGAGGAGACAUCUCCCGAUACUUUAGCUGCUGCGUAACCUCCCCUCCGCGGGCUUCUCUCGAACGGACUCAGGAUCCCCCAGUCCGCAUACCAGCACCUCGCGCAGACCUGUGAUGCUCUCGGAAGACAGCUCCUGGGCAUCUUUGAUCUUGCUUCAGCCACCGCAAUCCUACACUAGUGCUGCGCUGGCGGCGCCUUGCUUCCUUCCCCCGCCCACGCCAGAGACCAGCAAAGGAAGAAAAAGCCAGAGAGAGCAGCCACCUCCUACUGGUGGAACGAGGUAGAACCAACCAAUGACCUCGGAGAGUGUGACAAAUCCUCUCACUCCAACCUCAUCUACUGCGUCUAGAGACCAGGGACUUCACCAAAGUCGUCCUCCGCAUCCCCCUUCGCCCUUAUGGAACAGAAAGCCAUGUUUUAAAGCAGAGCCAGGGAAACCCAAGCCCCUCCCCCCUCUAGUGUUUCAGAGCUAUAAAGGAGGUGAAGGGGGACAAA